AUGCCUGAUCCGAGUAAUGAUGAUGUCUCAAAAUUAGUCGGCAGCACUGGGCUUAAGCGUUUCUCUUCCGAAAACGUAGCUAACACACUGAAAUCCCAGUCUGCUGAUAACUUGCUAGAAAAGUUGGCUAAAAGACUGACUGAUGAAUACAGAAAUAUUAAAUUUGUUGUUCCACCGAAUCAUACUCCACCACUUAGCUCCCAAUAUUCUAAAAGGGUCUCAUUUGAUACUGUCGACAUUCAGUUCGAUGAUAGUGGUGAUGACGAUGAUUUCGACGACCUAGAUUAUGAAUGGGAUGAUUUUAAACCUAAAAUGAACGAUUAUACUUUCCUCACAAGAGGACGAGAGAGGAUGAGGGAUGCAUCUCCUGCUAGAUAUUCACCUUUUGGCUCUCCUUCGAACUCACUUUCACCUUCGAGAAGGUAUCCAAUCGAUGAAGUGCGAAGAAGAUUAUCAGAAUUUAGACCUGCUUAUCCGACACGCCCUAUCAUAACGCACAAAGGAUGCUCAUUCACAAAAGUUCACAAUAAAUUUGAGGACUUAUAUUUACGAAAGCUUUAUAAUGAGAAGAACAACUGGUUGAAACCUAUAUUGCCUCUGCGAAUUAUUUUAGUAUAUUUGAGUGGGAGGAAGCAUACCUGGGUGGCACUUGAUUGGAUAGUGAGGCGUUUCAUUGAAAAUGGGGAUACAGUAGUAGUCGUUUCCUCUAUUGGGUCAAUUGAAAGAAGGAGAGGUUCAAGGUUUCUGCCUCAAAAGAAUGUUAAAUUGACACCUGAAGAAAGAUUUAAACAAAGAAGUAGGCCAGAACAUAUUAAAUUUAUUGCUAAUAACAUCAUGACAUAUAUCAUGGAAGUGAUGAAUCCAAAUGUAAUCGCCAAAGUUUCUGUUGAGUUGGUAGUCGGGAAGACUAAGGAUAUUCUAAAAGACAUGUAUAAACUUUAUGAGCCCAAUCUUGUAUGCACUGGUUCGAAAUUAAAUACGAGAAAUAGUGCGCCGCUUAAGUCGUGGUUAUCAUCUCGUCUACUGGACAGACUAGUCAAAAAUUUUCCUUUGCCAGUUAUUGUUGUCCCAGCAUCAAACAUGGGGCCAUUUGAGGAUGCAUUAGAAUUAGCGAUAAAUUCAAAAUUCGAGUCCGGAAAGUCAUUGUUGAAAAAAAUGAAGAAAUUAUCUUUAGAAAGCAGUAGCUCUACGAGUGAAAGCGAUUCUGGUGCUAGUGAUACUGAAUCUAUCGAUUCUGGUGCCUCUAUGACUAGCCUGUCGAGCAAAGACUCGUAUUCUUCAUUCGGGGAAAUCACUGAUCUCUACGUGAACUACAAAAAGGAUUUGAGUUCAGAAUUGGUAAGACUCUCCGAGCAACCAGUUGAUGAGAAUUAUUUUGCUAAUUAUUUGAAACCUAUUGCCGACAAGUCUUCCGCGUUAUGUCAAGACAUUAAAGAUAUUAACCCAGAUUUUCGAGGAAAGGGUGCUAAAUUGGCUAGAAUGAUAACAGGAUCGAAUUCAUUUGGUGUCGUUCCUUUCAAAACUAAAUCAUUAUUGGAUCCUGUGGAGACAAAAACUUCAAAUAGUGAAGGGAAAUCUUACAAAGAGUUACGAGAAUAUUUAAAGUCAAAUGCAGCUCACAAAGUUUCGUCACCUCCUCCACAAAUUUUAGUACAUUCCCCAUCGGAACCUUCCGAAUCUUCUGAGAGUGAGGCUAGAAAGCCCUCUUUAAAAUUUGUGGAUUUGGAUACUCCACACACUCACAAGGAACAAAAGAACUAUCCGUUAAGAAAACUUUUAUCGCAUGAAAUUAACUCAGUAACAAAACCAACGAAGCCAAAGCUCGAACCUUCUAAAUCUGAACCUGAGCUUAACUCUAUUGGAAAUUUCCUUGAAGAUAAGUCUAACCGUAAGAAAAAAUCAUCUAAGAAGAAGAAAUUUUGGAAGCUCUUCAUAUAG